AUACCCAAACCACCUUAAUAAAUGGAAAGUUGAAAAACUUGAGAAGAAAGAGAAAUAAUACUAACGCAAUGAUCGUAAAAAAUGGCGUCGGCGUCGUCUCAGAGAUUCGGUUUGAUAUUAAGAGAUCGUAACCAAAACGCUGGCGUUUUCCAGAAGAAUCUGGAAUCUCCGGUGAAAGAGGUUUUCAAAUUUCAUGUCUCCGAUGAGAAUUUAGUCGAUUCUUGGAUCGAGACUCACAAUAACAAGAACAAUCGUGUUCUUGAAUCUCCAGUAGAAUCGAAGAGAACUGAUAGUCCCGGUGCUUCUUCUCUGGUUCAGAUAUGGGAGGCGAGGCUAAACCAAUCCAACGGUGGAAACUCGCCGAGCAGCUGCCAAUCGACGGUGAGUAGUAGUCGGAGCGAGUCAGGACUCAGUGUUCAAGAUUCCUGUCUUUCAGAAUCUUCAUCAAUCGAUGGAGAUUCUGAAUUUGCUGAUCGAACGGUGGAGAUUGAAUCUAGGUCACAUGGUUUGGUUUCUGAUUCCGGAGAGAGCAAAUGGGGACGAGUCGCUGACCUAAUUCGAAGACUUAGCAACGAAGACAAGAAGCUAACCGCCGGAGAUAAUGGCAGCGGCGGUGGCGGUGGACUCUCGAUUGUCAGAACGCCGAGGCCUUGUUGCACUUCGUCGACGUCGGAGAAAAGUAAUCUUCCGGUGGUUAGUUUCUCUCCGAGGAUUCGAGGACGGCAAGCGUUUACCGAUUUGCUUAUGCAAAUGGAACGCGAUCGCCACCGCGAAUUGGAUUCGCUUCUUGAGCGCAACGCAGUUUCUAGGUUUACUCAACGUGGUCGUCUCCAGUCAAUGCUAAAGCUAAGGAACCUCAAUAGCUGUCUUGCGAUUCAAGAUAGAAACCGGUCUAACGCAAAAACAACCGGAUUAAACCGGAUUGAAUCAGGCUCUACUGUUCUGCAUUUAAGGGAGAUAUUUCAUGUGAACGCUGCGGCUGCAGCAGAUAAGAGGAAGAGUCAUCAACGAUCCGCUGAGAUGAACAACAAAUUUGUAGAAGAAAAAGAAGGAACUACUACCACAAGCAUGAGGUUGAAGAACGGCGGUCUUACUCUCGAAGCUUUUUUCGCAGAGCGUUUGAGACUCCGUAACCGCAAGAUAGAGGAAGCAACGUUAUGUAAGGAAGAAGAAACUGUAAGUGGAACAGUUGAAUCAAAAACGAAGUGCCUUCAGCUGCAAGAAACAAGAGAAGUAGAAGAUACUUGCAAUGAUGGUGAGUCUGCUAAGAAAGAAGAAGAAAAUACAAGCCCGAGCGGAUGUUUCACUCAAGAAUCGCGGUUGAGACAGAAUCAAGAUGAGAACAAAUUGGAAAAGUAUAUGCAAGAAACUCGAGAAACAGAAUCUCUGGUUCAUGAUAGUAAUGAGAUGGACCAGUGCCUUGAUCAACAAGAAACAUCCUGUUUGAAUAGAUGGGAAGAACAAGAAGAGUAUGAAGAUGAGCAGUCUUAUUAUGGAGAACCAAACGACGACUGGCUUAGUGAAAUAUCUAGGCCUCGGAGUUACUGGGAGGAAUUGAGGAAGUCACGGUACCUGGAAGUAAUGAACACUCGGUCUGAGAAAGAGGACAUACGCAGACUCCUUGAGCGGAGAACUGUGACAGAUUUUCUGGAGAGCGGGUUGCGAGAGAAGAUCGAUAAUCUCAUGAUGUCUCGCGUGCAGACACAGUCGAAUAAGCGCUCUGAAAAAUGGGAAUUGCAACAAGAGGAUGAGGAAGAGAAAAAUGAAAUUGAAGAAGAAGUCAAAGAAGAAGAGCCAUUAGCGAAAGGCGAAGAGCAAGACGAUAGAGAUGAUUUGAGCCAAUCUUCUUCUUCACAGAUAUUUGCAUCGUCUCCUGCAGGAUCAUGGAGUUCUCAAGACACUGAUGUUACUUCCACUCCUGUCUUAUCUGUUCACAAUCCUCAUUCACCUGAAAUGGAGCUGAUAAGCGGUAUGAGAUCACAGAUCCAACAGCUUCAGCAAGAAAUGUCGGUACUACGAGAUUCUGUCAAAACGUGUUUAGAUGCUAACGCGAGCUUACAACAGAAAGUUCACCGAGAAAACCCAAUGAAACGAAAAUGCUGCGUCUGCGACGAAACACAAGUCGAGGCGGUUUUGUACAGGUGCGGACAUAUGUGCAUGUGCCUAAAAUGUGCCAACGAAUUACACUGGAGUGGAGGGAAAUGUCCGAUUUGCCGAGCUCAGAUUGUGGACGUUGUUCGUGUCUUCUUCGAUACAAGUAACUGAAAUAAACCCUUUUAAAAACG